AUGCCUAAUGUAAAUGAAGAUGUCGGGCAUACCGUGCUACACUUCUUAUACACCGGCGGCUACGAGACAGUCAGCUCGCCUCUUGAUGAAGGUGUAUCAGAUCUCGCCAGAGAAUACAAGAGGAGCGUUCUAGUCUAUUAUGCAUCAAGGACUUGGGGCCUAACUGACCUUGAAAUCCUUGCUAAGCAGAAGAUGGAGCACUUAGAUGAGGACCUUCCUAUUCUUGAAAUACUGCGGGUCGUGAGGGACGUGUUUUCAAGACUUCCUGUAGAUGAAACCUGGCUUCCAAGUUACAUUCGAGGAAACCUGCAGCGACUACCAAAGCCUGAAGUUGCAGGGCUUGACUUACACGCAUUUUACAAUAUUCUCGGCCAGGACCAUCAAUUUGAUAAUGCAGUGAUGAAGAUGAUUCUCGAGAUGCUAUCUAUUAGCUUAUGUUCUAUGAAAGAUCAGCACGCAAAGAUACUGAACGGCAUCAUUUCAGAAGAAUCCCCUCUUCGAGGGCCAUCCCCUGAGGAUCCUGAACCUGUCCCCGAAGAGCCUGAGCCUGAGCCUAUCUUUGAAGAGGCUGUACCAGAGCCUGCCUUCGAAGAGGCUGUACCAGAGCCUGCCUUUGAAGAGGCUGUACUAGAGCCCGUCUUCGAAGAGCCUGAGCCUGAGCCCACCUUCGAAGAGGCUGUACCAAAGCCUGUCGUCGAAGCGCCUGAACCAGAGCCUGAGCUUGAGCCUGUCCUGGAAGAGUCUCCUGCUGAGGGAGGUAGCGAACAGUGGAUCGUUCCUCAAGUGUCUGCUGAUACUGACAGCUGGUCGCGCGCUUCUUUGUCACCUGGUGAUACGUUUAAUACUGAAAUACUACCAGAGGCUACUGAUCAGGGCUACAUAGCGAGGAUCUCAUGUUCGGACUUAAGUCUGUAUGGGGAUUGGGCAAAUAUGUCCUCAAAGAAAAGAGCUAAAAGGGCUAGCAAGCUUAGGUCUAGAGGACUUCCUGUCCCAAGCGAGACUGGUUUCAUUUCAAUAGUUGCAGAUUGA